GGUUAGGCCUACACACAAGACCAAGACAAACUCAAACUGCUACCACUCGUCCUCGUAUCAUUUUUUAAAUUUUAAUGAUGAAAAUUGAUUUUUUUUAAAAAUUUUUACGUUGCAGUGUCCAAAAUUUGUAUUGAAUUGAUCUGGAUUGUUGUGACUACAUGCGCUAGGCCUUAGGUUUUAGGCUACAUUCCGAUUCUAAAUCUUCAUCAAGAAAGUACAUUAUACUAUACAAACUCAAUGAGUCCAAGUCUUUACUUUAUUAUAAUUAUAUAAAUUAUAAUACUUAGGUCUUAAUUAUUUGGCUUAACAUGUAUGUAUCAUAAUUUUAUAGGCCUAAUAAUAAAAGCCUGUUAGACAUUCACAGUUGUUAAUGUUAAUGAUAACCCCCCCAAAACAUAGAAAAUCAAAAUGGCCUUGAGCUUUGGAACCCAAAAGAUCAAAGGCAGAGGUUUUAAAAACAGUUUCACAGAGAAGAGAAGAACUCGGCACACUAAUCAGAUAAUGAAUUCAACUAUUGCAACUGUUACUGUAAGUCUAUACUAUAGUGAUACAAGUUAUAAUUAUAAUUAAAAAUAAUGUUUUUUUUUUUAUAGUUAUACUAAAAAUUGGAAAUAGUUAGAAUCAGAAUGAAUUUUAUGAAUAGGCCCAUUAUUAUUAUCUCUUAUCAAGUAUAUUAUUCAGUUUUCUAUUCAAAUCUUAAUCAUAUUAAUAUUAUUAUUAUUAUUAUUUACAGUGACUGUUAUGUUAUUAAUGUUGCAAUUAGGCUAAUUAUUGAAAUAAAUAGGCCUCUUCUUCUGUACCAGGUAGGCAUCACAGGUACAUCGCAAGGUGUGAGGCAAUAGGUUUAUUAUUAGCCCUAACUAUAAAGAGGCCUAAGUUUAAAUGUCAAAACAAGGACAUAAAAGAAAAUGUAUUCAUCAAACCCCUCUCCCUCGUGGAUCAGCCAUUUUGACAAAGUCUUUUUUUUAAAGAUUUGGUUUUGUACGUCUGUAAAUCUGACAAAAUAAUAAUUAUUAUAAACUUUUUUAGUAUUGUUUAGGGACCCAUGGGGCCAUCCAUCCAUUUGGGGGAGGGGGUCAAAUAAUUGACAUAAAUAUUGUGGUCCCUUUAUUAAUAUGAAGAGGGAUGCAACCUUGGUUUUAUUGAGCUUGAAAAGCUUUCUCUUAUUUAACAAAAUGCAAUUUCACAGGGAAAUUUUUAAAAAUUGCAGAAAAAUAACAUUGGCAGCUUGCGCAACUGGACUAAACUGAAAGGACCAAUAAGUUCCGUUUGCCCAACCUGGUCUAGGCCUUGCAUAAAAAUUAUAUGCAUGGCCUAACAUAGUGCGCCCAAGGUUUGGUUAUACUAAAUAUCCAUCUUAAAUAAAAAUAUAUGCCUACUCUCUAAAUUGCUCUUGGAAAGGAUGCCAAUUUGACUUAUGAUGAGGUUUAAAAGUUAAUUACAAAGAGUUGGGGAGGGAGAUGGCUUUUCAGGGGAUAUGAUUGUAAGGAAAAGUAGUUGAAGGAACAGAAGAUUCAAAUUUUUAUAUAUAUUUUUUCAAUUUCAUUAUUUAAUAAGUCACAAGUUUGUUUUAUAGUUGUCUUUUUUCAAUGCAUUUCAAAAAUUUAAGUCCAAUUUUUUUUGUGUGGCAAUUUUAAAAUUCAUUGAUACUUUUGUAGUGUUGUGAGAUUUAUUAAAAAAUUCAUGAGGACUAUAGAAAACGUUUUAACUUAUGCAUGUUAUCCUUUUUGUUAAAAUAAGGUCAAAUAGUUGAUUGUUCUAAACCAUUACCCCUGGUUUGCUGUGUUUUUUAGUUUUGAUUGAAUAUAGAAUUUAAUUUAUCUUUAACCUUGCUGAAAUUUAACAAAAUUUUAAACAAUAUUUCAGAAAAAGUUUUCAAAUUGUAAACCAAAAAGUAAAAAAUUAUUUCUUCAGUCUAAUGAUUUUAAGCAUCAAUACAGACCUCAAUUGAUACUGAAAGAAAAUGUAAAGAUUCAAAUUAAAACUGACGAUGGAGAUGAACUUCCAGAUCUAGAACUCUGCAAAAAUUCAACUGUAAAUGGAAUUCAAAAAAAUAGAACAAGGUACCCACAAAGGACGAAGUUGUUAAAUCUCCAAAAAACACUUAAGGUAUCUUUAUGUGACUGUAAGACUUAUUUAGAGUGUGACCGAUUUCACAGGAAUAAGGCUGCCUCUUUAAAUCAGGAGGAAAUUUCACAAAGAUAUGGUUCUGAGUCUAAAAACUGUCAGUUAAAAGCAUAUUCAGUUUAUUCACAUAAAGAACCCUUUUUGUCAAAUCGCAAGAGAAUAACAAGUGAGAGACAAGCAGUGUCAUCUUGUGACACCUUAUGUUCACUUAUUGUUAAUGAAAGUUCUGUUUCUUCAAAUGCCUUAAUUCAAAACUACAAACCAAAGGCAAUAUCCCGCAGACGGAUAAGUGAUGAGAGACAAGCUUUUUCCACUCCUGUGACAACUAUAAACAUUCCUAUAUCAACAAUAUUCACACCCAAAUGUUCAACAAAGCCUUUACAAUCCCAAGGAAAUCUACUUAAUGAAACAAGUCAUGAUAUCAGUUCUGAAUGUUCGGAAGUACUCCAGGAUAUACAUUGUAUCCAAAUCUGUGGUGAUUACAUAAAAGAUGAUCAUAGCCUUCGUGAUGACAGUAUUUGCACUGAUUCACCAAUUAAAUACAGUAAGUUAAAACGAACACCAUUUCAUUUUUCUGAGGAAUCCAGAGAAGCCUUAAAAUCAUCUAAAGAAUGGUUGGACAUUUGUCAGUGUAACAAAAAUGACUUUAAGCUUAGUCAAGAAAUGGCCAACCUGAAAAGAAAUGUUGUAUUUGGACCGUAUAUUUCCAGCUUUUUACCCGUCCAUUCUGUUCAAAAAUCUACAAGCAAUUUUACUUUUUAUCAUGAACAGUUUAUCAUCUUUGCAUUGGAAGAUGUCAACAUGGAACUUGCUUCUAUUUGCCUUGAAAACUUUGCCAGCUAUUUUGCACCAAGUAAGUGUAUAAUAUCAUCAGUCAUAAGGUCAUGGAUAGAUGCCCAAAAGUGGCUCAAACCAUUCCAGACAAGUGCAGUUCUACAUUCGAUUUCAACAGUUUACCAAAAAUAUCCAGAAUGCAUUUCAGUAACUGAAGACCAUCUUUAUUUCUGUGUCACCUCCAAGGCUAACGACCCCAUCAGCAUUCCAUGUCUAACACUGCUACUGACAGCUUUGGAACUGGAUUUAUACACCAGAAAUUUAUGUGAUGCAGUCAAAAUCUGCCAUUCUUAUGCUUACUUGUUACUUUCUUGGGACAAAGGAAGAAAAAAUUUCCUGUUGCUGCUGCAGGAGCUCAAAUCAUUGCUAAGUGCAACAGAUUCCUCAUUUGAGAUGGACAAACUUAUAAUUGUACAGCGUCUAAUCUCUCUUGGACUAAAUACAAGCAUCAAAGAUAUGGUAAAGUGCAAAUCUUUCUUUUAUUUUAUUUUUUUAUAAAAAAUCCAAUGCAUUUGCUGUCUUACGUUGAGAAGUAAUUUUUGUUACAAAUGCUCUUUCUGUCUCUUAGACUAAUCUUUUAUAAUUCUUGCAAAGUGAGGUGGUUUAAUAUUAAACUAAAAUUAACAUUUGUUUAGUAAGUUGUUUUUUGGGUUUUUUUUUUUUUACCUUUACUUGUAGAACUCUUAUUUGCUUUUUUUUUUAAAUCAUGCUGAAACCUUAAAAUAAGUUAGGAUAUGCCUUCCUGUACAACAUUAUUCCAAAUAAUAAUUAAAUUAAGAUACUCUAUUUUCUUGUCCUCUUAAAUAAAUAUUAACAUUUUUAGCCAAUCUCCAUAUUAUCUUGUUAAUGGACCAUCAAAAUUUUGAAUUGGGUCUUAAAUUAAUUUCUGGCAUAAAUGCAUUUAAUAAAAACAUUAACUGUCAUGUACUACAAGUACAAGCACGUCUAUAUUUAUAAACUUUUACAUUUUGAAAGAAAGUUUUAUUUUUAUUGAAAUUCUUUUAACGCUACAAAACAUCGUAUUUUAAAGAAUAAUGCUGUGAGAAAUGUUGCAAGAGAAAUUGCCAAGAUUUACUGCUCACUUCCGAGUAUAGAUGAGAAAACACUGCUCUUAAGUACCAUAGAGAUUCCAUCACUGACUGCUCAAGUUACCCAUUGUGUCAUUGAGGACCUCUACACUGUUCAAACAAUCACAUCACCAUGCCCUUCCCUGAAAAAUAUUGCCGAUUCAUACUUCAACCCCUUUCCCAAACAGGUAUUUAUUCACAUGAGUGUUUGUGGGUAUAACAGCCAAACAUACAUUGGGGACAAUGUUGUCAUAAAUUUCAAUAUUAAUAUAAUACUGAGAUGACUGGCUUGAUUAGAGUCUUUUAAAAUUUUUAUUUCAACCUAUAUAUUGAUUUUCUUUGUUCUUGUUAACAAUCUAAGCCAGGGGUCUCAAACUCAAAUUAGCCGGGGGCAGCAGGAGGUAGAGUCUGAGUGAAACUGGGCCGCAUUAAGUAAUCCACACAAAAAAGUGGUUACAAUUCAAGUACAGCUGUUAUAUCUGCUCAAACUUUAUUCAUAACAAAUAAAAGAUUAAGGGUUCUCAAGAACUAGGCUUCACUUACUUUCUUCUUCUACUUGUUGCCAGAGACCUGGCAGUGCUUCUUCUUACAAAGCUGAGCAACAUGUUGCUUGAAUGAGGAAGCAACUGAGACCCUCAGUAUAGCUUGAAGAGGCUCAUCAGUAAGUUUCGCCCUGAACUUUGACUUGUCAAAGUUCAUAGUGGAAAAGAGCUUUUCCCACCGAUAGGUACUCCCAAAAAGGCACAUGAUCCGCUUGAACAACCUGAUAUCUCAGGGAAGGUGGAGGGCAAUUCUCUCAUAAAUUGUCUUAGCUUGUCUGUUUCUCUAUUCACCCCCUUGAACUUAGCCUUGAGUUCAGAAUUGCACUGAAGUUCAAUCAGCUCCAUUUGAAGCGCAGGUGGGUGUAUCUUCCACACUGAAGGAGAAAGGGUCGGCAAAAAUAUGAAAAGUGGCUUUGUGUGUUUUGAAGUCUUUAAACCUGUUCAAAUUCUUCCUGUAGCUUUUCGAUAGCAUCAGUAUACUUACUACUGAAUGGUGUGCCCGAGUCCAUGAGUACUUUGCAUGUUGGAAAAUGGCAGAGGUUUCUCUCAGAAAGAUGGGCUUUCCAUAGCACAAUUACCCUGACAUUGUCAUAGGCAACACUGACAAGCUGCCCCUGGCCUUGUAACUUCUUGUUGAGUACAUUCAGCUCCUGUGUAAUGUCAAGAAGAAAAGCCAAGUCCAUAACAUCCUCAUAUGCUGACUCUAUUUCCUCUAAAAAGGCAUGGAACUGACGGUGCUUCAAGCCCCUGGAUCUGGUUGAUGCAUUUCACAACGUCAGACAUCACAUUGUCCAACUUCCGGCAUUUGCUGCAAAGGGUCUGCUGAUGGAUAAUGCAGUGAAGUGCAAUGGCCUCUUCCACAACUUCCUCUUCCAGUUUUUUUUUAACAUGUGCCAGAAGUCCAUUUAUUUUCCCUGUCAUUGAUGGCACUCUGCCGGUUGUUAUUCCUGCAAAAUUUUUCCACCUUAAACCGGCAUCCACAAUGGCAUUACACAGCUGGCGGAAUAUCUCCCGAGCAGUGGUCUUCCCAUGCAUUGGAAUUAUUUUGAGCAACUCCUCCAUCACUUGAACAUUAGCAUCAACACCACGGACAUAUAUUGGCGAGCUGUGCAGUUUCAGUAACAGCUAAGCUCUCAUCAAGAGCCACUGAGUAUGCAUGGAAAUGUUUACCUUUCUCGCACAGUCCAUCAUAAAUGUCACCUGACAACUCAGAAAUGCGCUCUGCGACUGUGUUGGCAGAGAGACUGAUGUUGCUAAACCGACCCUUAUUUUCCGGACAGACUAAACUUGCAGCUUUUAACAUGCUAUUUUUUAUGAACUCGCCUUCUUUGAAUGAAUUUCCUGCCUUAGCAAUCAUCUCACUCACCACGUAACUAGCUUCAACUGCUGCAUCACUUUCUUUUUUUGCUUUCUUGAAAAAAUUAUCUGCCUCAGUAGACAUGUUUUAAGUUUAGUGACCGAGGCCUCUCUCUCAUCUCCCUGGUAUUUUGCAUACUCCUCAGCAUGUCUGGUUAAAUAAUGACGUCUGAUGUUCUACUCCUUAAGCACCCCAACUUUCUCGAUGCAUAUAAGGCAUGUCAGAAUGCCGCUGUGCUCAACAAAGCAAUAAUCUGUCUCCCCCUUCUCCUGAAAUUAUUUGCACUCAUCGCCAACCUUUCUUUUCACAGCAGGUUUUGAGAAAGACAUGACUGGGGUCCGGUAACACAAAUAUUUAUUUGCACUGUUUGAUAAAAUAUAGUUUUCCUCCACUCGGUAACACUCCCGAAUCAUGUUCCACGAGACCAAGCUGGCAGGCUCGGAACUUCCAUCACUCGUAACUUCCAUUACUCGUCACUGGUACACACUAGCAGCAAUUUUAAUAGGGAGUGUUUGAUUCUGUGUAAGAUUGCUACGACUUACACAGUUGGAAGCCUGUUUUCUCAAAACCGAACUUUGGCCAUUUUUGUCUUAUAAACUGCUAUCAAAUAAAAUCUUUCAGUCCGAUUUUAAAACGGUUUUUACCAUUAUAAUCAACGUUAAAACCUGUUGGUAUUUAUAUAAACAUAACAAAAAUCAGAAAUAGACUAGUCGGUGAGAUUUGACUGAAAUCAUGUAGGGUUACAUUAUAGAUAUGAGAAUGUGGACAACGCGCCGGCCGCAUUAAUACUAAACUUUGCUGUCAGGUAGCAGGCCGCAAGAUAUCGUCUUGCGGGCUGCAAAUGGCCAGCGGGCCUCGAGUUUGAGAGCCCUAAUCUAAGUUUUGUACUUAAAGAAAAUGCCUCUGUUGUCAAGUCAUUGGGGCAAAGUUAGCUUAGAUAGCCCACCCAUUGGGGCAAAGUUAGCUUAGAUAGCCCAGCCUUGAUUUAAAUCCAUUUUAAUUUUCAGUAAUCAGUGUAAAAAAAUGAGGGCAAUAAUUGUGAAAAAAAUGGAUGUUGUUACAUUUUUUAUGUGUUUUUUUUUUUCAAGAAAAUACCAAUUGCUUGUUCAGGUCUCUUUCCCCCCCCCCCCCCCCCCCCCCCCCCCCAAAUCAUUUUAGUUUUCAAGAAGUAUAAAAGUUUUUAUGAAUUAAAUUUAUUCAUCUUAUUAAUAUUAAUAAUCACACUGAAUAUGUGAAAUAAUUGUGAGGAAGAAGAAAAUGGCUUUUUUUUAAAAAAAUCACAUUCAUUGUAGUAACUUAUUUUUAUAUUAUUCCUGAAGUAUGUGUCUGUUUAGGUUUCUCCAGAUGUGAAACCAGCUGGUUGGGAUGAGUUUAUUGUAUUGCUGUAUUAUAACCUCUGGGCUACCAUACAAAGUAUAAGAUGUAAGUUUAAACAAUGCUUUUUUUGGUGUAACAUAUGAAACAGUCAAUAACAUUGUCUUUGCUAUAGAAACUUCACUGCUUCUGGUUUAUUCAGGCAUUCAGCCCUAAAAUCUUUAAAUUUCUAAUGUGAUGACUUAGAUGCGCAGAGUUUGAAAACUCCAGAAAGUACCAAAAUAUCCUUACCAGUGAAGACACGAUUAAAUAUAUAAUCUUAACAAGGGGUAUAAACCACUGCAUAGAAAAAAAUAGUUCAUGAAAUUCUUCCUUAACAUAAUGAAAUAAAUGUCUCACCUUAUUUAACUCCGUGUCAUGUCUCUUAUAAUUUUGAUUUCAGAUAAAUCAUAUCAGACAACAAGAUCUCGUGUUCUGAACCCUAGUUUGGAGGAGCCAGCUCCACUUGAAAUGAAGACAGAUAUAGACAGGUUUCUGCAACAUCUGACUAACAUGAAGCCACACUUAACCCAGGAAGGGAUGGAGUACUGCAUGUUGAUUGAAUGUCUCUUGGAUGCUGUGGACUGUUUAUAACUUGUAAUCAAAUAUAUUGCGACCCAGUUAAAGUUAAAUUACUUUACAUCAUUUCAAUGUACAUAAGUUAAUCUUGUUGCAUAUUUUAUUAUACACAAGUUCUGUUCUAGCCGUUUGCUUUUUCUUGAACAAUCUUGUUAUGAAAAUUACUUAUACAUUUAUGUGCCUUUGUCUUUGUUUACAAACCUACUAACCUUGAUAUUGAGGUUUUAAAAACAUGUUAAAAAUGUUCACAAAAUUGUUAACUGGAGUUCUUAUUAUACAAUUCAUUAAAAUAAUGUUUUUUUCUGUUGUUAAGCACAUAUUGCAUGUGUUUUAUAUUUUAUUGUUUUGUAAAGUGGGGGAUUUAACAAAGUAUUCUUCUUUUCUAAACAUCUUGUAUGAAUGAUUCAGCUACUGUAGAAGAGGGCUCCUCAAACUCUUAAUCAGGGGGCAGGUUCACUGUCCAUCAGACACUUGAAGGGCAGGUUCACUGUCCAACAGACAUUGUUGGGGGGGGGUGGGGGCAGAGGAUAGUUUGAAAAAAAGAUCAAAUUCCUAUGUUAUGCAGCUAUGCACACUUAAUUUUUGUUGAAAGAAACAGGAAAGUACAAAACAAUAAAUACAAUCCAGAACAAUUUUCAUCAACAUCAAGUUAUUAGUGGGAAGUAUCAGCCUACUUUUGGCAUAAUAGAUCUUCAAUGUCUGGUUCUAUAUGCAGCUGAGUGGUGAACUGUUGUGGUUGGUUUGGGCUUAAAGUUUUAAAAUUUAGUUUAAAAAUCCUAAGAAAUCCAGGUCUUAAGAACUAUAUCUUUAUUUGCUUUAGUGGACUAUGGUAACUAGAACUAGAACAACAAAAGAAGAGGUAUACGAAACAUGACCAUGUUCAAAAAGAUACAAAUAGUUCAGGUUAUUAAAUGCCCUACAUUGAAUUACAUAACUAACAAUAAACUUAUUGGAUAUCUCUCAAUUUACAGGUUAUAAAAAACAUAAUAAAGGGAUAGAGAUACAUGAUGGCC